GUCUUUGUGACGGAAGUGGGAAAAGUCCGUUGAAAAGCGACACACAUACGCUCAAUUGUCAUUAUAUAAGCCCAAGCUAGAACACUUAAGAUGCAGUGAAGUGGAAGUCGUAAUCGGGUUAAGGUUGACUUGACUGUAUUUUAGAAAAUCGUUUUGGCAUGUUUGACUCAAGGCAAGGUAAUUUGCGGCUGUCGAGUUCGCUCGCUUUUUUGCUCCUCAUUUCCUCUGUUGCUGGUGGCGGCGUGGCACCGGGAUUUAAAAUACAAGGGAGCCUGGCUUCGUGCACUGUUGAGAACGCAGUCAUUGAGCUACCAAUUUUGGCGGGAAAUCCAUGUUUUGUGUGCCGAUGCAAGAACAAAUCUGUGGAAUGUUCGCGCGAGGUCUGUCCAAGGACGAACGCAUGCAAGGGAACUCUGAAGAGAGAGAAAGGCAAAUGCUGUCCCGUUUGCAAUGAAAACCAAGGACCGGCUUCGUGUACACAUCAAGGGAGAACUUAUAAGCACAACGAUUCUUGGUUUGCAAAGGAAUGCAAAAUCUGCUUUUGCACAAAUGGAACUGUCUCAUGCCAGCUUCAAAAAUGCAGCCCAAAAAAUUCACUUAGAUGCCCGGAGGGCAAGGCACCAGGUCUGGUUCCAGGGGCUUGCUGCCUUCAGUGUGUAGAGAAGACUGGUGUUUGUACAUCGUAUGGAGACCCACAUUAUCGAACAUUCGAUGGUCAAAUGUUCAACUUUCAUGGCACUUGCCGAUACCAACUCACUUCAGACAACGCAAACUUUACCAUACGCAUGCGUAAUGAUCGGCGAUACACCAAAGUCUACGCUUGGUCCAAGGCCCUGGCGAUCCAUUUGGUUGACUCCUCGAUUGUUUUACAUAAGGACCUGCAAGUGAAAGUGAAUAAGUCGGAUGUGAAGCUACCAUACUAUCAUCUGCCUUAUUUUCAGAUAACGAAGGGUAGUUUUACCAUAACCCUUGUGUCCAACAUGGGAGUUCAGGUCCAGUGGGAUGGUAAGGGUUUCAUUGAGAUAAGAGUGCCGAAGAGUCUUAUGGGUAAAGUCGACGGGCUGUGUGGGAAUUUCAACGGUAACUCAAAAGACGACUUUAAUCUGAAAAACGGCAGGCGCGCUACGUCCGCUCAAGAAUUUGGAGAAAGUUGGUCAUUGGGUCGAAGAAAUCACGGGUGCAAGAAAGCCCCUUCAGAACCAGUGAAGUCAACGAUGUCACAAUGUCGUUUGCGGAGACUCAUUAGUGGUCGUAAACGAUGCUCUGUUAUCAAGAAGCAGUUUGCAAACUGUCACGGAAAGGUGAAGCCGGACGCAUAUUACUCGUCGUGCGUUUCGGCGGUCUGUCAGUGUACAGGAAGGCGGUGCGAGUGUGACGCUGUUCUGGCUUACAAAAACAAGUGUAAAAGCGAAGGAAUCACAGUGAACUGGGGCAGGAAUUGGAAAACUUAUUGUGGAGUCUCUUGCGCUGUCAAAGGCGCCGUCUUUGACGACUGUGCUCCUGCCUGUCAGCGGACGUGCGACAACAAGGAUGACGUAAGUGUUCCGUGUCCCAGCAGCUCUUGCGUGCCUGGUUGUCUGUGUCCGGUGGGAACUGUAUGGAACAGUCAAAGGACAAAAUGUAUUCAUCCGGAGAAAUGCCCUCCACAGCUGUCGUCCAUUCAGGGUAAACUACGAAGAGCGGCUGUGAGUUUGAAGAGGAGUCACAAGUGGAUGAUCAGACAAAUGAAGAAUAACGAUGGAAGAUAAAGAUAGUUUUAGCCGACAACAUUUGCAUUCAAUAACUCAUAUAUGAACCAGCUGGUCAGUACUUCGAUGAAACAAGUGUAUGCGCGCGCAUAGUCGCAAGGAUUCGUCCAAUUCAUAUGACAGGAGAGAAAGGAGAGAUGGACGGUUUCCAUUAACUGCUCAGCAGCAACAAUAACUUUACAAAUCACACCCAUGGACUGUGAACUUAUCAACGAGACCAUACAUAUGAAACGAAGUCUAUGGUUUCACAAAUAGUUUUAAUCUUACACAUCGCUAUCAGUUGCGUAGCAUUAGUCAUCACACGCGCGUAUCGAACUAAUAUAUAUUUUUUAUCUCAAAGGAUAUAUAUUUUCUCACCGAAACCUGAGUGGUGGAUAUCAAAUCAUCCAUAGAAGAACUCCCUUCAGAACUACCCCUCCCCCUAACUCAACAUUAACCCUAAUUUGUUACACUUGACUGUUGUUCAGUUAGGGGAGGGGUAGGUGCGAAGUUUCUUUGAUACUGACAUUGCUUAAUGUUGACAUUCGAAACCUCGUCAUAUCUGUAAUAAUCCUAUAAAUGACAACGUAUAUUAUUUAUGAAUCUUUAAAUUGUCUUACUCAUCUGUUGCAUCAGGCACCAAUAACUAUUAACCCGUGGUCUCAAAGAAUACCUUACAAAUAUUUUUACCAAAUAAGACUGAAAUUUUCCUUAGACUUUUAACAGUGUCAUGUAAGCAUUUGCCCUGGUUUCAACUAAAGUACAACCCAAAAUUUGAAUGUAAUUUUUAGUGAAAAAGUUUACCACAUAAAAUUUUUUCCACUUAUUAAGGAACCAAGCCUUAUACUAAAGAAAGGCUGGGGUCAUUUCAAAAGGGAUCACAAUAUGAAAUCACUUGGAAAACCUUGUCAUUAUAUCCUCUUAAAACUGGAAUUAAGACCGAUGGUAUUUAAUUCUUAGUUUAAAAACUGUAAAGGGUUGAUUUCAUACCUAUUUGAUGAUUCCAUGUAAAAAAAAAUUGUAAUUGAAUUGUAUAAACGUCCAAUUUUACGUGUAACGCUCUUUUCUCAGGAAAUGAAGUUUAGCAUAGAAGGAGUUACGUUUCUACCUCUUUACGUUUCGUGGUGUCCAUGUAUUAAUUAACUGAAAAGGCAUUUAAUUUAACACACUCACGAGGCCAUACAAACUGACGACUACGUAAAAUAGGUGAAUUAAUUCACCGUAGUAAGUUUUGAUCAUGACCGGUUUUUUAGCAAACAAGGUAAUAAAGUUUCGCUAAUAAAACGAGAGCGCUUUUCAAUUGAAUGUAUUGUGUAGUAAAAUCUCGACCAAAGUUAUCACAGUGGCUAAUCAGACGAUAAC